ACGGAGGCUUGCGGCUGCACAACCAAUCGCGGGAUUCAGCAGGGGCCCGACCCUUGGUCCCGGCUCGUGAGUGGCAGAGACCGUCGGGCUGGUAGCAGAUCGGAGCCGGGGUUCAUCACGGAAUGCUUGAAUUAUUGGCUUCCGCUGGACUACUCUUUAAUGUUUUAUGACGAUGAUUGGUCUGAAUGUGAGGUGGAUAGAGUUGUGAGGUUUCGAUGCGCAGCAAAAAGGGGUUGGGAGCCAUGGCUACGGUUUAGCAGGAGACGAAACAUUGAUUUGAGGAUCAAAUUCGAGCGCCGGUUGGAUAAAAGAUGA